GAUUGGUUGCUGCUCACCAACACAGUCAGUCUGGGCUUGUUUUAACAUAACCGGGGGCACUUCGACAGCAGGCAAAAAUCAUGUAGUAAAUAAGCUGCUGUGGCUGUUUGGGGACCGGUUAUGGCACACUGAAUUUCGCCGCUGCGUGCUGUUGCAGCGUAAUGGAGAUUUACUUGUUAUUCUGUGUUUAAGGUGACAGUGUUUUUUCAGGGGGGCCGCCGCUGAUGAGGCGAUGAAGUGCAGAGAAUGAGAGCUGUGCCUUGGCCUACUGCUAGUGCUGCUGCAGCUGGGAUUGUGCAGAUUUCGCCUUCACAAACCGAGAAAAAUACUCGCUUUGUGCCACAUGAUCAAACAUCCGCUGUUGGUUUCACACUGACCGACCUCCAAAUGGAUAUAGCCAUGACAACAUGAAUCAGUCAUACAGACCGGCUGUUAGGGUAGGCUCAGUGUUUGGCUCAGGCCAGCCAGAGCUGAGGCCCCGCAAUGGUCUUGUGAGCACUUCCUAUGGAAACCAAUGUGGCAUUGUGAGACGUGGGCCAGACCAACCGUCAGCCAUGCAACUGCCAUCCUCCAGCCUCAAACAGCCAGCUGUACUUGGGUACAAUCAACCAGACCGGUCUCACUGCUACAGCCCACUGAAGAGACUGCAGGACUAUAGCACUGUGGUCAACAGGCCUGACCUAGAAAGGGACCUCCAUCCUAGGAACCACUUGCACUGUGCAAGCCCAAUCAGCGAUGAUGAUGAGUUUGAGGCACCAUCAGUCCAGCUGCCUCCUUCUCCAGGCAAUGAUGAGAUGGAGUCCUUUGAGACUCUGCAGGACAUGAACAGAAAUGGCUUCUCUCCUCACAGUCCCGACAGCAUGGAGCGCUGCUCUCCCAUCCCCAAUGGCUGCCUGCAUUUUGAGUCCACGCUGUUUGACAGCAGUGGCAUCAAGGAGGAGGACGGGGAGGACAGUAGCAGUGAGGACAUGGCGCCUUUUCACCACCCCCCAGAGUUGAGCCAGGACCGAACUGUGACUGCUUGUGAGACUAUGAGCAGCUCAGGGGUGGAUAAAAGAACAUAUAAACCUGCUGUCUUUAACCUGAUGUCCAAAACUAUAUCCGAACUCAACCCUACACUAAGCCCCAGUGCACUGCCAGAAAUCACAAUGAGAGAUGGGUGGAGCUUGGGUGAGGAGUCAGACAGUGAUGGUGAACUUACUUCUCCUGUUGAACCUGAACUGAUUUCACCAGCUGGCACCAACUCUAACUCCAACAGCCCAAAGAAGAAGCCUCUUCCUGCAGUGAAAUACAUCAAAGGGGACUUAGUGUGGGCGAAAUUCAACAGACGGCCCUGGUGGCCCUGCCACAUAACCUGUGACCCAGCCCAGGGGAUCUACACUAAGAUGAAAGUUCCCAGUCCUCGUCCUUGUCGGAUGUAUUUCCUGAAGACCUUUGGGGAGGUUGUAGAAUGUUCCUGGGUCCCUGGGAGUGCCAUUCUUCCUUUUGAAGGGGGCCAUCAGUUUGAAGACCUGCCAGUGCUAAGACGGAGAGGGAAGCAGAAGGAGAAAGACUACAAGUAUACGAUACCCAAAAGCUUACUGACUGCAUGGAAAGUCAGUGUGACAGAAGCUGAGCUUCUGCUCCCAGUUCAACAAAGGAAUACUGAAAGCGUGCUUUCAAUAUCUGUCAAUGGAGAGGAGCGUGUGCCCAGCCCACUCCCCACUGAAAAGCCACAGGAGGCCCCCUCUGUCUCUGUGGAUCCUGGUCAUCCCCUGUCACCCAAUAUGGCCCCCAACGGAAAUGAGCACGAUAUCAUCAAAAACUCUGCUGCAGUUCAAUCCAAUAAGAGCAAAGCUUGUAAGAAGAAAAAGAAAUGUUUGUCUGACAUAUUUGACCAUAUAGUUGGUGGAUCAAAGGAAUUGUCUACCAUCACAAACAUGGCAGAUCAGUUUCAUACAACAACUCGUGCACUGAAAGAUGAGCCAAAGGACUCACCUUAUGCAGACCUGGAUUCUGUUCCAAUGCUGCAUCGUCCUAAACGCACAGCAUUGUCUCCAGUACAGGAUACAGACAGGUUUGUCAGAAGAGAACAGGGUUUAACAAAAGCUAAAACCAAGUUUACUGAAAACGUGAACCAUUCUACAGAUCCUUGUGAUUCCUCUUAUGAUUUAACAAAUAUAUUGACAUCUAAAGAUAUAAAAUCUGAACAGAGUUUGGGCAGCUGCAAUGAAAUGUCACACAGUUCAAAUGAAAAGCACUCUAUGAGUCUUCCUGCCAGCAGUCGUCUGAUGACGAGGGCUCUGAAGGCAGAGGAGGAGACUGAUCUCAAAGAUGCACUGGCCACAAGCCAAAUCUCACAUGCCCACGCUGAUGAAUGUCCUGAUAAUACACCUACUGAUGCACCCAUCAAAACUGAAAGGUCUCCUAACUGGGAAUCACUCAGCAAUGCAUCAUCCUCUACAAAUCACAGCUCUCUGAAACGGCGUGCAAGGAAGCCUGAUAAGAAAUACAUUCGUAAUGGCUCAUUGAUGAAAUCUAAGUGUGUGGACUCAAGUGCACCCUCUGUGCAACCGGUUAAGGUCAAGACAGAAAACCCAGAUCUAUCAUUUUCAACUUCCCCAUCCUCAUCUCUGUCUCCAAUGGAUGCUUUCCAGGAUGUCAAGGAACUAAUGUUUAAAUCUCUUCUGAAGGAGGACAGCAGUGACUCUGAGUUGGCUGCAUUUCGACCUGAUUCCAAUUAUAAAUUCAGUACCUUCUUGAUGCUCCUGAAAGACAUGCAUGAUACCAGAGAACAAGAGGGUAAACCUUUGACUCUCCCGCCAUCUCCAGUCCUGAUCAAGGAGGAACCUCUGGUCAUACCUACUUCUACAGGAGGAGACCUGCUGAAGGGUUAUUGUGAUGGUUUUUCUCAAGGGAUCAAAACAGAGAACGAUCACUCAGUACCCAAAAACACAGUGGUGAAAAACAAGAACAGGACUAAGGCUAUCAUGAGAGCUGACACCUACCACUGUGAAGAUUUUCCUGGUCAUGCUCAGAUGGGAAACUCAGACAAGCAGCGUAGAAAACAAAAACUACCUGCCAAACUGAAACUCAGCAUACCUGGCCUGUCUUCGGACCUGGCUGAUUUGGCUUACGGCAGGGAGUUUGUUAGUGGCCACGCUGACUUAGCUGAUCCUGGGUCUUCCCCUCCCGUCGCUGCUGAUCCCUCCACCAGCUACCUUGACAAGAACUCAGGAUCCACAGUGGCUCCAAAGAAGCGCUGGAAGAUGGUCGAAGGGGCUGCUGAGAACAAGGUUGAAGUUGAGGCGUCUGCUGAGAUGAAUGGGUCUUACACCAUGAAAGUAUUUCCAGAUCUUGAUCUGGGACUUGAGAAGCAAGCAGAGAAUGACUCGCACUUCUCAGGGACGACCAGCACAGCCGGGCAAUCAGAAAACAAACGUCUCCGGAAACCGACUAAAAGGCUCCUGGAGUCAACUGAGGAGUAUGAACAAAUAUUUGCCCCAAAAAAGAAAUCAAAGAAACACACCUCAGAAUCUUCCAAAAUGCAGACGUCAGGGAUGACAGCACUCUGUGAUGUCAGCACCACAUCAGGAAUAAUUACCUCAGCCUCGUCUCCUGUUGAGUCCGCCCAGGCUCCAGCAGAGCCGGAACAGAGUCCAUCUCAGGAUGAACUUUCUCCUGUAGCAUCCUCGGUAUCUCCAGCCGCAACACAACCCUCCCUUGAUGCAGAGACGGCAGAAGAAACCGAUCUACCUCCUGAAUCUGAUGUGGGGUUAUUGGUCCAAGAAAGAAAGAGGCCAAGGAAGCUGUUGCACAGGGUGCUGGAAUGUACCAUAGAAGAAGUGUCUGUUGCUCAUACAAAGAAGAAGGAGCCAAAGCGACACAGCGGAGUUACCUCAGAGGGGAAAGUUAAGAAAACUCAGGUUGGAUCUGUUAAGAAAGAGAAGCCUGUACCCAGCACAUCCUCUGCCCAUGCUGCCCCCCAGCACUCAGAAAGCAAAGAUCUCUCCAUGGUCCUCACUCCAGAAAGGCCUCCCAGCCCUCGAGGAUCCAAGACCCCCAAGCAGGAGGUCGAGGCAGACGCCUGCAGCACUGAGGAGAAACAAAAUGUACACACUGGAACACUAACUGCCAAACCUGAGGUGCUGUCUGAUAGUUUGAAUGACAGCCUCUCUUCUCAAGCAGAUGUUAAAGGGAAAAUUGGAGCUGCAUCCUUAAAGGAGAAUGUCUGUCAGGUGUGUGAGAGGACGGGAGACCUGCUGGUGUGUGACGGCCACUGUUAUGGAGCCUUUCACCUGCAGUGUAUUGGCCUGUCAGUACCUCCUAAGGGGAAAUUCCUCUGUCAAGAAUGCAAAGCUGGUGUCCACACAUGCUUUGUGUGUAAGAAGUCUGACAAUGGGGUAAAGCGCUGCAUAAUACCGUUGUGUGGGAAGUUUUACCAUACCGACUGUAUCUUGGCGUACUCGGCUACCCAGCCGCAUAACAAAGGCUUCCGCUGCCCCCUGCAUGUGUGUCUGUCCUGCCACAUCACCAACCCUCUCAACAUCUGUAGCUCUAAAGGCCGGUUGGCUCGAUGUGUUCGCUGCCCUGUAGCCUAUCAUGCCAAUGACAACUGUAUGGCAGCAGGCAGCCUGGUGCUGGCAAACAACAGCUUCCUCUGUCCAAACCACUUCACUCCCCGCAAAGGCUGCAAGAACCACGAACACAUCAACGUUAGCUGGUGCUUUGUCUGCUCCGAGGGGGGCAGUCUGCUGUGCUGUGAGGCCUGUCCUGCUGCUUUCCAUCGGGAAUGUUUGAAUAUAGAGAUGCCUCAGGGCAGCUGGUUCUGUAACGACUGCAAAGCUGGAAAGAGGCCUCGUAUCAAGGACAUACUGUGGGUCAAAUGGGGACGCUACAGGUGGUGGCCUGCUGAAGUCUGUCUGGCCAAAGAUGUCCCAAAUAACAUCUUGAGGAUGAAGCAUGAGGUGGGAGAGUUUCCGGUGCAAUUCUUUGGCUCCAAAGAUUUUGUGUGGACGUACCAAGCCAGAGUCUUCCCCUACAUGGAGGGUGACACUCACAACAUAGAGAAGAUGGGAAAGGGUGCAGAUGCAGUUUACAAAAAGGCCCUGACUGAAGCAGCAGAACGAUUCAGGGAGCUCCAGGCUGAAAAAGAGAUGAAGCAGCUUCAGGAGGACAGAAAGAAUGACAAGAAACCUCCUCCAUACAGGCACAUUAAGGUGAACCGGCCAAUUGGGAAGGUGCAGAUCGUCACUGCCGACCUGUCAGAGAUCCCACGUUGCAACUGUAAGGCGUCUGACGAGAACCCCUGCGGCAUCGACUCUGAGUGUAUUAAUCGCAUGCUGAUGUAUGAGUGCCACCCUCAGGUGUGCGCAGCAGGGGAGCGAUGUCAGAACCAGGCCUUCACAAAGCGCCAGUACACACCUGUGGAGAUUGUCCGGACACUGUCCUGCGGCUGGGGUUUAGUUGGUGUGACGGACAUUAAGAAGGGAGCCUUUGUGAGUGAAUAUGUGGGGGAGGUAAUCGAUGAGGAAGAAUGCCGAGCCAGGAUCAGACACGCCCAGGAGAACGACAUCUGUAACUUCUACAUGCUCACACUGGACAAGGACCGGAUCAUUGAUGCCGGGCCCAAAGGGAACCAGGCUCGCUUCAUGAACCACUGUUGCCAGCCAAACUGUGAGACUCAGAAGUGGACUGUGAACGGGGACACCAGGGUGGGACUGUUUGCUCUACAAGACAUCCCAAAAGGUGUGGAGCUGAACUUCAACUACAACCUGGAGUGUCUUGGCAACGGAAAAACUGUCUGUAAAUGUGGAGCACCCAACUGCAGUGGUUUCCUUGGUGUCCGGCCAAAGAACCAGCCACCAGCUGAGAAACUGAAACUGAAGGAAGGUAAGAGGAAGGUCCCCAUGAAGAAGAAGACCAAGCAAGAAGUGACCAAGGAGAGGGAAGAUGAGUGCUUCAGCUGUGGUGACGGGGGCCAGAUAGUGUCCUGUAAGAAGCCGGGUUGCCCAAAGGUCUAUCAUGCUGACUGUCUCAACCUGGCCAAGAGGCCUGCAGGGCGAUGGGAGUGUCCGUGGCACCAGUGUGACAUCUGUGGUAAAGAGGCAGCCUCGUUCUGUGAGAUGUGCCCCAGCUCUUACUGUAAGGAGCACCGUGAAGGCAUGCUGUUCAUCUCCAAGCUGGAUGGCAAGCUGUCCUGCAGUGAACACGACCCCUGUGGGCCCGACCCACUGGAGCCAGGGGAGAUUCGUGAAUAUGUGCCCAACAUGACCUCCAUGAGGCCUGGGGCCAUGACUGCGCCUGUCACUCUCUCACUGGGCCAAGACUCCAGAGGAGCCACUUCUACUCCCAUCACUCCCCCUGCUGGCGAGGCUGUGUUGGCCAGGCAGGGGCCACCUCCUCGUCUCUACAUCAACACAAAGACUUCUACCUCGAGCUUCAUCCCCUCCAGCAGGUCUUACCACACAGACAGGACUGAGGGGAAAGGGUUCUCCACUCCUACCUCCUCAAAGGACGAGAGGGAGGACGGGGAGGUGGAGGACGGGGAGGUGUGUGGGCUAGACAUGGAAGAAGUAGAAGACGACGACGACGAUGAUGAAGAGGCAGAGGACGACGAGGAUGACAUGGAGGAGAUGGAGAUAGUGGAAGAUGAGGAGGAGAUGGUGGAAGAGGAGGAGGAGGAGCCGCUAUAUGGAGGGGAUCUGCUGGAGGAAGGCGAUGAAGAAGAUGAGGAGGAAGACGGAGGGGAUGUGUAUGACACUUAUAGUGAUUAUGUAGAUGAAGAUGAUGACGGGGAGGUGGAGGACUUGGAGGAGUGCGGGAGAGUGGAGGACGAUGACAAGUGACUCGGUCCACCUAUUCCUUCGUAACUACUCAGCAGAAACUCUCAAUAGACAUCCAGAGGACACAACAGUUAGUAAGAACUAAGAGAGUUUGAUAUUUUGGUACCUACUUGAACGCGACACUGCCUUCACUUUGGUACCGCGUUGCCUUCUCGUCCCCAGACUGCUGGACUGAUGGUGGGGAUGUGUACUGGUGCUAAGGCUCGAGGACUGACUCAGUCCUUCUCUUUAUACUUCUGUCGAUAUGUUUAUUUGUGUCUGGUGCUGUCAUGUUCUUUUGUUUGUUCUCUCAACAUUGUUUACAUUUUUUGGCCUUUUUUUUUUUUAAAUGUUUGGAAUAUAAGAAAAAGGGUGAGAAGUUUCACCUUGACCAAACUGUCAUCGUAAGGGCAUCUUAUGUUGUUGUUACUGUCUUAACCUUGUCUUUCUUAUUACAAGAGUGAUCAAAAUAGAGUUCUCACUGGUCCGUGUUGCAGUUAGGCACAACAAUACCUGCUUGGUGCUUCUGAGGAAUGCAAAAAUAAACCCACUGGAGUCAUCAAAACUUUAGAUGAUUCUUCUCACUACAAAAACAGCCUGUUCUUCUUCUGAUUUACUGUUUCACAGAGAAAUAAAAUAAUGUCAUGACGGUCUACAUUCUCUAAAUGCAUCACAGAUAUAACUAACAUUUGUUUUGCAUCCAUCACCUCUGUCCCAUUCACUAAGUUAGAAAAUAAAAUCAAGCUACUUAUUCA